UUGGCACAGCCUCUCCAGUCCGCCAGAGGAGGGAGAGCAGUCGUGCUCCCAGUGGAAGAUGGCGGUGGGGAUGCUGUCUGGGGCUGGAGCAGAGCGCUGGAUUUGCACAAGAACCGAAUCCGGAUGGAUAUAAAACAAAAAAUGAACAUUUUCCCAUCAGUUCUCCUCGAAGUCUGGACGCUUUUCGGGCUUGUUUGACGCGCUGUUGCGCCUUUUUCCCGGCACAAAUCCGGGCUUCUUGUCGGGGGAUCCUCAGACUAUACAUUGAUAGCUCGGCACAUAGGCAGGGUGGGAGUGAAAAAGUGGACGAAAAUGUCGGAUACAAAGGUAAAAGUUGCAGUGAGAGUCCGGCCCAUGAACCGCAGGGAAAUUGAACUUAACACAAAAUGCGUCGUGGACAUGGAGGACAACCAAACAGUUCUGCACCCACCGCCCUCCAAUGCAAAGGGAGAGAACAGCAGGAAACAACCUAAGGUGUUCGCUUUCGACCACUGUUUCUGGUCCAUGGAUGAGGCCAACGUUCCCAAAUAUGCUGGUCAAGAGGUGGUGUUCAAGUGCCUUGGAGAGGGAAUACUUGAAAAUGCAUUCCAGGGAUACAAUGCCUGCAUAUUUGCCUAUGGACAAACAGGUUCAGGCAAGUCCUUUUCCAUGAUGGGGAACGGAGAGCAGCCGGGUUUGAUCCCUCGACUCUGCUGCUCGCUGUUCGAGAGGGUCCACAGGGAGGCCAACGAGGCCCAUUCGUUUAAGGUGGAGGUGUCCUACAUGGAGAUCUACAACGAGAAGGUUCGCGACCUGCUGGAUCCUAAAGGGAGCCGACAGUCCCUGAAAGUUCGGGAACACAAAGUGCUGGGUCCAUACGUUGAUGGUCUGUCUCAGCUGGCUGUGACCAGCUUUGAGGACAUCGAGGUGUUGAUGUCGGAGGGGAACAAAUCUCGAACGGUUGCAGCCACAAACAUGAACGAGGAGAGCAGUCGAUCACAUGCCGUCUUCAGCAUCAUCGUCACGCAGACGCUCUACGACCUGCAGUCGGGAAAUUCAGGGGAGAAAGUGAGCAAGAUGAGUCUGGUUGACUUGGCUGGAAGUGAACGAGUGUCCAAAACUGGAGCUGCUGGAGAGAGGCUCAAAGAAGGCAGCAACAUAAACAAGUCUCUCACCACUUUAGGCUGUGUGAUUUCUGCUCUGGCUGAUCAGUCUGCAGGAAAGGGGAAGGCCAAGUUUGUGCCUUACAGAGACUCAGUUCUCACCUGGCUGCUGAAGGACAACCUCGGCGGCAACAGCAAGACAGCCAUGAUAGCCACCGUGAGUCCAGCUGCUGAUAACUACGAGGAGACUCUGUCCACGCUGCGUUACGCCGACAGGGCCAAGAGAAUCGUCAACCACGCUGUGGUGAACGAAGACCCCAACGCUCGGAUCAUCAGGGAGCUCAGGGAAGAGGUGGAGAAGCUUAAAGUUCAGCUCUCUCAGGCCGAGUCCAUGAAGGCUCCUGAGCUGAAGGAGAAACUGCAGGAAUCAGAGAAACUCAUUCAGGACAUGACGGUCACCUGGGAGGAGAAGCUAAGAAAGACAGAGGAGAUUGCGACUGAGCGGCAGAAGCAGCUGGAGAGCAUGGGCAUCUCCCUGGAGACCUCUGGGAUCAAAGUGGGGGAAGACAAGUGUUUCCUGGUCAAUCUGAAUGCUGAUCCUGCCCUGAACGAGCUACUGGUUUACUACCUGAAGGAGCACACGCGUGUGGGUGCAGACACGUCUCAGGACAUCCAGCUCUUCGGCAUCGGGAUCCAGGCGGAACACUGCGUCCUGGAGCUCUGCCCGGACGGCGACGUCACCCUGCUGCCCGUCAGGAACGCCAGAACCUGUGUGAACGGCACAAUGAUCGACUCCUUGGUUCACUUGUGGCACGGAGAUCGCAUCUUAUGGGGAAACAAUCACUUCUUCAGGAUCAAUCUGCCUAAACGAAAGCGGCGGGAUCGCUUGAAGGAGCUGGAGAGAGCGUCUCCCAGAGAGAGCUUCGUCGAGGCAGAUGUGGAGACGGCGAGCGAGGCCUCUUCGGAGCAGGACUACAGCUACGAGUUCGCCCAGAUGGAGGUCAUAAUGAAGACUCUUGGAAACAAUGACCCCAUGCAGAACGUGGUCCAGGUGCUGGAGAAGCAGUACCUGGAGGAGAAGCGAACGGCUCUGGAGGAGCAGAGGAUGAUGUAUGAACGAGAGCUGGAGUCGCUACGGCAACAGCUGUCUCCGGAGAAAACGCCGCAGCACCACCGCAGCAGCAGCGAACGCCUCACGUUCCCGACGCACACACCGCACGGCAAGCUGCGACUGUGGACUGAGGAGCGGGAUGAGCUGUUUCGUCAGAGUCUCUCUCGGCUCAGAGAGCAGGUCGUCAAAGCCAACACUUUGGUGCGAGAGGCCAACUUUCUGGCCGAGGAGAUGAACAAACUCACCGACUAUCAGGUCACGCUUCAGAUUCCCGCAGCCAACCUCAGCGCCAACCGCAAGCGUGGAGCAAUAGUGAGCGAGCCGGCCAUUCAGGUGAGGAGGAAAGGGAAGGGGACACAGGUGUGGACCAUCGAGAAGCUGGAGAACAAACUGGUGGACAUGAGAGACCACUACCGAGACUGGAAAGAAGGCACAGAGGAAGCGUAUAACAAAGCCAACAGUAAGCAGUGCGAUCCAUUCUAUGAGGCGCAGGAGAACCACAACCUGAUAGGAGUGGCCAACAUUUUUCUAGAGUGCCUUUUCCAUGACGUCAAACUGCAGUACGCUGUCCCCAUCAUCAGCCAGCAGGGAGAGGUAGCAGGCAGGUUGCACGUCGAGCUGAUGCGAAUUAGCGGAGCUGUACCUGAACGUCUCUGCGGAGGAGACGACUCUUCAGAAAACUCCAGUGAGAGCAGCUGCUACGAGGUCAUGGACACCAACGGAGAGAUCGUCCACAUGGCCAAGAGGCUCACCUGCAGGGUGCGGAUCAGGGAGGCCACAGGGCUGCCGCUCAAUCUGUCCAACUUUGUCUUCUGUCAGUACACCUUCUGGGAGCAUGGCGAGCCCACGGUGGCUCCUCCCAUGGUCAGCCCAGACAGACCCUCCCCUCGAAGCCCAGAUGCUCAGUUUACUGUUCAGUUUGAUCACUGCAAGGACUACGUUGUGCACGUAACAGAUGAGUUUUUAGAAUUUAUAUCCGAUGGAGCGUUGGCCAUAGAAGUGUGGGGCCACCGCUGUGCAGGAAACGGCCGUUCCCUCUGGGAGUUAGAUGCACUGGAGGCCAAGACCCAGACGCUCCGAGACAGGUGGAGUGAGGUGUCUCGCAGGAUCGAGCUGUGGAUCUCCAUCCAGGAGCUGAACGAGCAGGGAGAGUACUCGUCCGUGGAGAUGCAUCCUGGGAAAGACAUCAGCACAGGGGGAGUCUUUCAGCUCCGACAGGGUCACUCCAGGAGGUUGCAAGUGUGUGUGAAGCCGGUCCAGAACUCGGGCACGCUGCCUCUGCUGGUGGAGGCCGUGCUGUCCGUCUCCAUCGGCUGUGUGUCGGCUCGCUGCACCAAACUGCAGAGACCGCUGGACAGCUACCAGAGAGAGGCGGAAGACGAUAUGGAUAGUUAUCAGGAAGAGGAUCUUAACUGCGUUAGAGAGCGCUGGUCAGAUGCCCUGAUCAAACGUCGGGAGUAUCUCGAUGAGCAAAUCAAGAAAAUCAUCAACAAGCACGAGAAGUCAGAGGAGGAUGUUGAACGUGAAGCUCGGCUGGUGGAGCAGUGGGUCGGCCUGACUGAGGAGAGAAAUGCAGUGCUGGUUCCUGCACCUGGUAGUGGCAUCCCAGGAGCUCCUGCAGACUGGACUCCACCUGCAGGGAUGGAAGCUCACAUUCCUGUACUCUUCCUGGAUUUAAACGCGGAUAAUCUGACAGUGAAUGAGCAGCUGACCGGCCCACAUGCUGCAGGCGUUAACUCCAUCCUGCCCAAAGAGCACGGCAGCCAGUUCUUCUACCUGCCCAUCAUCAGGCACAGCGAGGAGGAGGUGUCGGCCGUGUGCUCCUGGGAUUCAUCCAUCCACGAUUCUGUGCACCUCAACCGGAUCACGUCGCCCAAUGAACGCAUUUACCUGAUAAUUAAAGCCACGGUGCAGCUCAGCCACCCGGCAUCCAUGGAGCUGGUGCUCCGCAAGAGGAUCGCUGUCAACAUCUACAACAAACAGAGCUUCACUCAGAGUCUCAAGAGGCGAAUGUCCCUGAAGAACACGCUUUACUCCUGUGGCGUCAGUUAUGAGAUCGUUUCCAACAUACCAAAGGCCUCAGAGGAGCCCGAGGAGAGGGAAACUUUGGCCCUCAUGGCGGCUCGUGGAGACACCGAGGAGACUCAGGAUGGAGAAACCUACAUAGAGAAAUAUACAAGGGGAGUUCUGGAAGUGGAGAACAUCCUGAGUCUGGAGAGGCUACGACAGGCUGUGACGGUGAAGGAAGCUCUGGCUGCUAAAGGGAGACACUUAAGAAGGAGUAUCAGCACACCAAAUGUACAGCAUUCCUCAUGUAGUAAAAUAGACCUGACCAGUUGUGAGGAUGAAGACUGUAAGGACCACUGUGAUGCUGUGGACAACACCAACUGUAACCCUCAGGAUGGCUCCCUCUGUACCACACCUAUCAAAAACAAGGAGAACUCAGGUUUGGUUCCAGAGAGUCCUACGUUUUUCAGCUCCAGCCCCUUUAAAGUCCUCUCACCUCAGCCGCCCAAGUUCCUCAAGUCUCUGCUUCCUGUCAAAGAGGAGAACAAGGCGAAGAAAGUCCUGGAGGCCCGGCCGCUACUGGGACAAGAGAGCAUGCGCUCAUGUGUGGACAGCCCUGCACUGCUCCCCUCUCCCUGCUCCUGGCACCGACCCAGGGCAGGCAGCGAGGGCCACUGCAAGCCUUCCACCUCCACCUCCACCCCCACCUCCACCCCCACCAGCAGACAGCUCAGCCACACACUGCCACACGCCGCUCAGGACUCUGACGACGAGGAGACAGACGUGGACAUGACCCUGAAUCUAACUCGGGGCUCUCAGGACCAAAGCGGCUUCCAGCCUUACAUCCCGGAGGACUUUGCAAACUUUGAGAUCUACAACGCCACUCUGGAGAGCCAGGAGGGGUUUCGCUCUGACCUGAAGGGAAGCCGGUGCGGAGGUGGUAGCGGAGAAAGAGAGGUUUCCCGAAGCCCCACGGCCAGCAGCUGCACCAGUGGCUACUUUUCACACAGUGCCUCCAACGCCACGCUGUCCGACAUGCCUUUCAGUGCCAGCGAGAGCUCCGACCACCUCAGCUGCACCUCCAGGGACUCCCAAGACCCUCCUGGCUGCCCCGCCGGACGAGGCUGCACCCAAACCAAAAGCGAAGGAGGUGACGCCCAGCAGGUACCUCCUCCAGCUGCUGGAGGUCAGGACCUGCUUGUCCACUCGUCCUCCCCACCCGUCAGUAUUCCUAAUUGCACAGACAAGCAGCAGUCGUUCCCUCUGCCUCACAACUGUGUCCUCAGUGCCAGCCAGGAGUUCACUGACUUUAAAGGGGCUGAUGACAGCAUCACAGAGGGGGAUUUAGCACGUUUUACAGAGGGAUGGGAGCAUCAGGGGUCGGAGUUUUCUACGAACCAGCAGAAGAAAUCGGAAAACGCAGAAACAUGUGACACUGACAAUCAUAUUCUCAAGACGUCUAAUCCUGAAAAUGCAAUAUGCAAAUAUCCCAAUUCUGAGGACCCUGUUAGUGUAGCUGUGUCCUGCCUGAGCACAGCAGCAGUUUGCACUUCGGUCAGAGCUCCGAUCUCUGCCCCAGCUCCCUCUCCAGCCGUAAUAAUUCCCUCCGCAUCAGUCCCGCCUCCAGCUUCACCAUCCCAGGUCGCACCUUCAUCCACAGCCCCACCCUCUGCUCCGGCUCCGAGAGCUGGAGGAGAACCUCCGAUCCAGGAGCCGGCCCAGGGGGACCUUCCCCACGGGAGCCCCUGUCCCAGCCCCAACCCCAGCAGCACCGAGCCCAGCGGGGACUCCAGUGGGGACGAGAGCACCCCGGUGGCUCAGCUUCCUGAUUGGAUGGCACCCGGAGAGCAGGUGUGGGUGGGGAAGAGGAGAGGAACGGUCCACUAUGUAGGAGGGGUGGAGUUUGCAAAGGGGAUCUGGAUCGGUGUGAAGAUGGAUAUGGCAGUGGGUAAGCACAAUGGGACUGUCCAGGGCCGAGUGUACUUCCGCUGCCCGCCUGGCCACGGUGUUUUCGUGAAGCCGUCUCGCCUCACCAGAGGGCCGCCCUCCAUGGACACAGAACCCCAGACUCUGAUCAGAUAGGACCCAAAGAUGGACCGGUUUUCUGAGAAACAGCAGCAGGGACCCCCUAAGGAUGCUCCUCACAUCCAGCGUGGCUCCCCUCCUUCCACCCCUUCGACCACUCUGAGCUACUCUAUAGGAGUGUUUCCUAAAGCAUAGCUCGCCUGUGCAUUUCAUGAAGGUAUAUCCCAAUUACUGUCCACUGAAAAGAAAUCACUAUGCACAUAUCUGAGUUUUCUAAAUGGGGAUAUUUUUCAUAGAGAACUUAGCUUUUAGCGGGGAGUCCUUAUGGAAUAUGACCCAUAUACAUUUUCUUACAUUGAUUCUGAACAUUAUAUAUCAUAUUUUUGUAAGACAACCCCCCUCUGAGGCUCAUAAUGGAGAAAUCUGGGAUAUGAAGAUUAAGAAUGUACUACUGUUAAUACACGCUGAUAUUUACUUCAAUAUGAUAUGUCAGGGCUAACCAAAGAACUACGGUUCCAUAUCUGCUGUUCUGAGUAACAUGUUAUUUUUCUAAUGUACGUAAAUGGAGGUUAUUCGCUAUAAAUCGGUGUGUCCACAUAAAGCUUAGUGCCAUAUCUGUAGGAGUAAUGCCACAUACCCUGACAAGUCUGCAAAAGUUCUAAGUUUGCAGAUGUAGAUGAUCCUGUUGACGUACUGUAACACUGAGGAGGACAACGAUCCCCAUCCAGCAUGAGACUGUUUGCUGUUUGAACGCUUGCACUGGAAAGGAUUCUUGGAGAGUUCGCUGACUGUCUUCCAUAUUGGACUGAUGAGAUGCUUGUGACUGAAGAACUGUGUGUCCUUGCAGAUAGGCUUUUGGAUGCCUUAUUGCCCUGUUUGCAUACAAAGAGGCACAUAAACCCCGGACCGCUCACUGAACUCCAACAAGUUCACCGAGCUAUAAACGGACCUGAAACCUGUAUGUACGUCACGAAGCCCAGAGGUGUUCAAAACGCCAUCCUGCCUUGCUGACUGAUUGAUUGAAUACCUUUUUAAACUGCAUUUUAUAUGUUCACUGACUGAUGUGUAACACUACAUGUUUAAAAAAAAAAAAGGGUACUCAAUAAUGCAGUUUCUCACUCGGAGGAUUGGAUGAAUGGCUGAUGGACAUCAUCAGGUUAGAGAAAAUGGUGCAAAACUAGUUCAGGUAUGGAAAAGAGGUGUCCUGUUAUUUUCUAUGGAAGUGGUGAACUGUGGAACUGACUAGGAAUAGUUCAGUAUUCAAGCUGUAAUUUCGAGUAAAUGAAAAAAACCCAAGACCUUAUUUUAAAGAAGAGAACAAAGCUGCUCUCCCUAAUACGGAGUUGUAAAUAGAAAUGUAUUUGAACAUAGUAUUUACAGUAUUAUAAUGUACAGAAUUGUAUUUAUAAUGUAUCUCAAACUGUUUUAAUUGGUACAAAAUGUUCUAGAAUAGAACAUUUACAAUCAA